CGUGUUUUCAUUUCUCUUGGGUAUGUUCCUGAGAGGUAUAUAUAAUAUAUAAGAAGAGAGGAGAUGCUCUGACAUAUGGUAACUCUGUUUAAUAUCUAAGUAUGUCAAAGAUAUGGCAGUGAAGAUAUGGCGUUUCUUCAAUGCCUAAUGUUGUUGAGCAUCUUUUCAUGUACUUCUUGACUAUUUAUAGAUCUUGCUUGAAGAAAUAGCUAUUCAAAUCCUUUGCCCAUUUUUAAAUUGAGUUGUCUUAUUGUUGAGUUAUAAGAAUUCUUUCUAUAUUCUGGAUACUAGACCCUUAGGAGAUCCAUGAUUUGCAGAGAUUUUUCUCCCAUUCUUUGGUUAUCUUUUAACUUUCUUGAUAGUGUCUUUGAAGCACAAAAUUUUUAAUUUUGGUAAAAUCCAAUUUAUUUUUUCUUUUGUUGCUUGUGCUUUUGGUGUCUUUUCUAAGAAACCAUUACCUAAUCAGAGGUCAUAAAGAUUUAUACUUAUAUUUUCUUCUAAGAGUUUUCACGUUUACAUUUAGGUCUUUUAUCUGUUUUGAGCUAAUUUUUAUAUGUGGUGUGAGGUAGGAAUUCCAACUUAAUUCUUUGGCAUGUGGAUAUCCAGUUGUCCCAACACUGCUUUUUGAAAAGACUAUUCUUUCCCCAUUUAAUUUCUUGGCACUUUUCUGAAAAUCAUUUAUCUAUAAAUGUAUGGAUUUAUUUCUGGACUCUUAGUUCUUUUCCAUUGGUCUAUACGUCUGUCCUUAUACCAGUACCACUCUGUUUUAAUUAGUGUUGCUUUGUAGAAAGUUUUGAUAUGGUGAAUGAGAGUCCUCCAACUUUUUUCUUCUUUUUCCAGAUUGUUUGGCUAUUCUGGGUCCCUUGCAUUUCCAUAUGAAUUUUAGGAUCAGCUUAUCAGUUUCUGUAAAAAUGCCAGCUGAGAUUUUGAUAGGGAUUGCAUUGACUCUGUAGGUUGAUUUGGUGAGUAUUGCCAUCCCAUGAUUAUUGCCUUCCAAUCCAUGAACAUGGGAUAUCUUUCCAUUUAUUUAGAUCUUUUAUAAUUUCUUUCAACAUUGUUUGGUAGUGUUCAAUGUACAUGUCUUGCACUUCCUUCUUUAAAUUUUUUCCUAGGUAUUGUAUUCUUUAAGUGCUCUUGUAAAUGGAAUUUUUUAAAUUUCACUUUUGGAUUAUUCAUUGCUAGUAGAUAGAAAUAUAGCUGGAGAAAUGUCUUGCCCAUUUAUGAUUAUGUUUCCUUUUAAUUUUAUAUCCAUCUUGUAUCCUGCAACCUUGCCGAACUAGUUUAGCUUUGAUAGUUUUUUGUGGAUUUCUUAUGAUUUUCUACAUACAAAAUCAUGUCAUCCACAAAUAGAGAUAGUUUUAUUUCUUCCUUUCCAAUCUGGAUGCCUUUCAUUUUUUUUUCCUUGCCUAAUUGCCCUGGCUAGAACCUCCAGUAUAAUACUGAAUAGAGGCGAGGGCAGCCAUCCUUGUGUUGUUCCUGAUCGUAGGGGGAAAGCAUCCUCCUCUCACUAUUAACUGUGAUGUUAGCUUUGGGUUUUCCGUACAUGCCUUUUAUCAAGUUGAGGAAGUUCCCUUCUAUUCCUAGCUUAUUGCGUGUGUUUUAUCCUGAAAAGGGGUCAGGUUUUGUAAAAUGGCCUUUUCAAUGUUUAUUGAGAUGAUCGUGUGGGGUUUUUCCCUUUAUAUUAACAUGGUGUUUUCUAUAGAUUAAUUUUUGUAUGUUGAACCAAUCUUGUGUUCUUAGGAUGAAUCCUGCUUGUUCAUUACCUCUUCUUUUAAUUAAGCAAAUGUCUUAAUUUUUCAGAGCCACUUUCUCCAAAGAACUAAGUAAUAGUGAUAUUUACGAACUGUAUACUCACAUGCUAGGCAUCAUGACAACUGCUUUAUCUGCAUUUUCCUUUAAUCUUCACAGCAACUUUACAAGGGAUUAUUAUCCCCAUUUACUGAUGAGAAAAAUGAGACUUAGAGAGGUUACGUGAUUUGCACGCUGCUGAGCCACCUUCUCUGGACCCUGCCCUUCCCCAAGAGGAAAGCACAGGAGAGGAAGGAAUGGUGGCUGGCCUCCUCACAGCUGGCCCCCACGGAUCCAUGCCCUUCGGCAGUGUGACUGAAGCUUGUACCCAGGAGGGGUGGAGGCACUCGGUCCCUGCUCCGCGGGACAGGUUCAAGGAAGGGAUACCAGAAAAGUCCAGAAACCUGGUCCUACUGGGACUUCCAGUAUCCCAGGCUGGCAUGAACUCUCAGUUGGAGCAAAGGGAAGGCUCGUGGGUGCUGGAGGGAGAAGGCCUAAGGAGUCCCUGUCCAGACCAGAAGAUUGUAUCUGAAUCACCACCCAAGCAAGACAUUUCUGGAGAAUCAUUCCGAGACUCAAGUGUAGAGAUGCCCCCUGGGGAGUUAGGUCACAGGAACAGUGCGCUGGGGAAGAGCUUCAAUCUGAGACCAGUCCUCUCUCCACAACAGAGAGUUGCCACAGAAGUGAGACCCCAGAAAUGGGAAACACAUAGACAGAGCUUCAGGAAGGAGGCAGACGUGAUGAAACCUCACAGAGCAAAACCAUAUGCGUGUAAUGAAUGUGGCAAAGCCUUCAGUUACUGUUCUUCCCUUUCUCAGCAUCAGAAGAGCCACACUGGGGAGAAGCCAUACGAGUGCAACGAAUGUGGGAAGGCCUUCAGCCAGAGCUCGUCUCUCAUUCAGCACCAGAGGAUUCACACUGGAGAGAAGCCUUACAGAUGCGGCGAGUGCGGGAGAGCCUUCAGCCAGAAUGCAAACCUCACCAAACACCAGCGGACGCACACUGGAGAAAAGCCCUACAAGUGCGGUGAGUGUGAGAAAGCCUUCGGUGACUGCUCUGCCCUCGUCCAGCAUCAGAGAAUUCACACCGGAGAGAAGCCCUAUGAAUGCAGCGACUGUGGGAAGGCCUUCCGACACAGUGCGAAUCUCACAAACCACCAGAGGACUCACACGGGGGAGAAGCCCUACAAGUGCAGCGAGUGUGGGAAGGCCUUCAGUUACUGUGCAGCGUUCAUUCAGCAUCAGAGAAUCCACACAGGCGAGAAACCCUACAAGUGUAGCAUGUGCGGGAAGGCCUUCAGCCAGAGCGCAAACCUCACCAACCAUCAGAGGACUCACACUGGAGAGAGACCCUACAAGUGCGGCGAGUGUGGGAAGGCCUUCAGCCAAAGUACGAAUCUUAUAAUCCACCAAAAGACCCACACUGGGGAGAAGCCGUAUCAGUGUAACGAAUGUGGGAAGUACUUCAGUGAGAGCUCAGCCCUCAUUCGACAUCACAUCAUUCACACAGGAGAAAAACCCUACGAGUGCAAUGAGUGUGGAAAGGCGUUUAACCAGAGUUCAUCCCUCAGUCAGCAUCAGAGAACUCACACUGGUGUGAAGCCCUAUGGAUGUAGCGAGUGUGGGAAGGCCUUCAGGUGUAGCUCGGCCUUCAUUAGGCAUCAGCAACUCCAUGCUGGAGAGUAACUGGGAACAUGACCAAAGUGGACAGGUAAAUGCAGGGAGUUUGAAAGCAGCUGGAGACAUCUGACUUUGA